CCCCAGUCCCCACGGCACCGUCGUUUGACGCGAGCACCCACCACGCACGCACCCGUGUCACCAUCCCUCGCCGCACGCGCACCAUUACACUAGAGCGAGUAGCAAAUAGCACGCCGCACCGCCGCCCCACCGCGACCCGUCACUCCGCACUCGUGGUGGAGUGGAGAGCGUGGCUGGCGGCGGGCCUGCCUCUUCCUCUUCCUCUUCCUAGCGGCACUAGUAGGAGUAGCCGGUAAACCCGCACCUAAACCGCAGUCUCCCAUCGCCACACCCCGCGGCUCGGCACGGGCACGGCACAGAUCUCCCCACUCCACCCCGCCGGGUCGCGCGCGGCGGCCGAAGCACGCGAGCGAGCGAGCCCUUUCCGGCCGCCUACGCCUCGGGGGCGGACGCGCGCGGAUCGCGUCAUGGCGGAGGCGGGCAAGCGGGUCGACCUGGCCGCGCCGCUGCGCUCGGCGCGCCUGCCCUACCACAAGGCCGACCUCGACUCCGGCCCCGUCCGCCACCCCGGCGCCGUGCCCUUCGUCUGGGAGCACAGCCCCGGCCAGCCCAAGAGCGUCCGCACCCGCCGCCCGCCUCCGCCCUCGCCCUCGCAGCCGCGCCCGGAGGAGAGCGGCGCCACCCGCUACCACGACGCCCUGGGCGAGCGCGAGCGCGAUCGCGCACUGCCAAACGGCGCCGCCCCCGCCCCCGCCCCCGCCCCUGCCGUGCCCCGAACUGGCGCCGCGGAGCGUGAGGCGGAGAGGGCGGAGGUCGAGCCGAGGAAGGAAGCCACGACGCCGGACGUGCUCUCCGUGGCCGAUGUGCUGCGGAAGGAGGAGGAGGAGGACGCCGGCGAUGACGAGGAGAGGUUCUCGGACGCGCUGGACACGCUCUCCCGCACAGAGUCCUUCACCGUGAACUGCAGUGUCAGCGGUCUCAGCGGUCUCAGCGGCGUGCCGGACCGCCCGGCCGGUGCGACCGCCAGCGCCGCCGAGCCCGGCGCCCGCGGCUUCAUGAUGGACCGCUUCCUGCCGGCCGCGCAGGCGGUGGCCGUGGGCUCCCCGCAGUACACCUUCCGCAAGGCCAGUGCAGCUGGCUCCACCGGCAACUCUGCCCGCGAGCAUGCGCAUGCCGCUGCGGCCAAUUGGAGGAUGGGCAGCGAUGAUGAUCGCGUCAGGAGGACGCCGGUCCAGCUCCCUUACCAGAAUCUUCCUCCCAAUUAUUUGUCUUGCAACUAUCCCAGACGCGAUGAGCAUGGGGAGGAGGAGGUGGAAGAAGAUGAUGAUGACUUCGACGUACAUAGUACCCGAGGUUUUGCAUCCAAGGGGUGUGGUUUGCUCCCUGGAUUGUGUGUAAAAACCUCCUUGUUACUACUUAAUCCAAUGCCUAUGAUGAAGGGCGGCAAGGCAAGUCGAGCAGGGAGAGGUAGGGGAUUGGCAUCCAAAGGCAGGGGCCAGAAAGCACCGAGCCCUCUUGCCCGGAGCUCACAACGUAAGAAUCUUGGCUGUGAUUCUAAUGGGCAAUACUGGGAGGAAGUUUAUAAGCACAAGCUGGAACAAAAGUACAUUAACCAAGGAGAGGAUAGGAGGAGCAAGCUGACAAGUGAGUCGAACCAUCUGACAUUCUGGAGUGACUCUCAAACUGGCGAUGGGUCUUCACCAUUCCGCCACUCCAUAGGUGGUGGCAUGUCUCCCUACCGCCGCGACGUUGCCUUAUCACCAUCACAUAAAGCAAAUGGGUCAUUUGAAGUAAGAGAUAAAGAUGAGAAAAUGAGUAGAAGCAAUGGCUCUAGCUCACUUGGAAUAGACCAUGAUCAUGGCUCGUUGCUUGGAUCAGAUCACAGUAGUUUGAAGGGAUCAAGCUCCAUGAGCUCAGGGGUCGAUAGAACAUUGCAUGAAGAUUCAAUGGAUCAUCGUUCAGGUAUUGAUUCAGAGACUAGCCAGUUGACUGUGGUACUGGAUCCAAAGGCAUCUUUGAAUUCAGGGUGUGAUGUUCAACAUGGUGGACGGCAGAUAGUCAGAAGUAACAGCAUAGUGGAAGCUCAAGACAAUGAUACAUUGACAGAAAAGAUCGCCAAAGUACCGGAAUCCGCUUCAUUAAUACCUUCCGGAAAUGCAGGAUCAGUAACACUGGAUGAUAGAAAAAGUCAUGAUAGUAGUCAGGAUGUUCCAAUACAUUCAGAAGAUAAUAUGGCUGUCAAGAAGGAAAGCAUGCCUUUGCAAUUUCUAAUGCCGCUACCUGUCCCGAAGUCGCCUUCAGAUUCCUGGCUUUCUCGUAGUUUGCCAUCUGUGAAGAAUAAACCACCUCCUCCAUCUUUUCUUGGAAUCCAAGUACAGUCGAGGAAACAAGCUCCGUGGGUCUCGGCACAUCCAAAGGAGAAUGAUCUUAAACCUCCCAGGCCACGCCAAAUAAGAUUUGCAGAUGUGGUGGAGAGGCCUUAUUAUUUGGAUACUGAGAUAUGAUAUCUUCCCUUGAGACCAGUAUAUAUUCAUGAUAUGAUUCCUGGGGGGGACAUCAGUCCUAUAUCUGCGACUGCCAGCGCCCAAUGGUUAGGCAUAGAGGUGCCCUGUUUUGCUGUUGUAGUGAUGGCUGCGUACCACUUACCAGCGGUCCAGCAUGUUGGUAAAUUCGAUGCGCAUGCCUGUUUGCAUACUAUUUGCUUUAUGUUGCCCAAGGUAUGUUGGUAGUGGUUUAGCUCUGUUGCAAAUCGUAUUUCUAUACAGGAUUGCUUCUGUUUGCUUCAUCUUACUGUCCAUAAAAUAUGUAAUACUGUUUACUCUGUAAAAACGUUGAGUUGAUCUUCAGUUGUAUCAUAGGAUGCAAUUCCAAUAUAAGUCAGCCUUUUGCUUCCAAGA